GCAGGCUCACGCGCUAGCCGUGUUGCCGCAGCGGUGUGUCGGGGUCGAAGCUCGCCGCCGGUGCAGAUAGACGCGGGUUUAAGCAGCGCAGCUCGCUAACCUGCAGCCGCGACACACUCCUCACCUGGUGCAGGCGGCGCAGGGUCUGUUUAUCCGGACUUUUAUUCUGAAAGGGUUGCGGCCACGCGACCGGAAGUGAGAGCUGCUAUUGCAGAUGGUUUCAGUAGAGCACAGCGUUUUCCUUCCGGUUAUCAGCUCCAUAAGCUUCACAUGACGAGUGUGUAAACAUCACACAUCUCACCCCCUGCGUGUUCUGCGCUGCUGUGAGUAAAGCUGUGAGUAAAGCUGUCCCAGUUCUUCUUCUUACGACUGUACAUGUGAACAUCAUUUCCUAGGAGAAAGCAAUGGCAUUCAGGAGGAGUAUCCGAGACAUGUACGAGCAGCGGUUCCAUCCAGACAGAACUGCCCCUUACCCAAGAGGAGCUGGUGGGGAGAGGAGAGCUUUCGGACGUCCUGAUGAUGACUAUGUCCGAAACUUUGACUAUGACUCUCCUCGCUUUUACCCAAACGGUGGUCCCCGAAACUACCACAAUGAAGAUAAGAAGGGCUACCAUAGCGACAGCCACUACUCUUUCUCUAAUGAGUCCAGAGGAGGCCCAGCUAAUCGAAGGGAAGACUACCCUUAUUACAGAGGACCCAAAGAUGAUACUCAUUCUGGACGCCAGGAUUUCAGAGGCUGCAGUCGAGUUGUCCCCUCUCCCAGUGCUCGUGUCCAGGGCUCGUACCCUGCUCCCAGAUCCCUGUCAGCACUGGGCCCCAACUCGGGAGAUGACACAUUAAUCCAGGCCAUUAUGAACUUGGAUCGAGGGGAGGAGAGGGAAAGUCUGCGGCGUAAAGCGCCCUUUCCUCCAGUCCACGACUGCUCUCCUACUCGGCAGGAUGUGUCUCCUUCCCCUCACAGCCGCUCCGGAUCCAGCAUUAGCAGCCGGAGCUACUCUCCAGACCGGAGCAAGAGCCACACGUACCAGCCUCCUCUGGGAAAAAACAGGGACAGAGCCCCAGGGCCCUCUGUCAGCGUGUCCCGAGAUGGAUCACCACAUAGUUCAGUGUCAGCUUCUAAAGAAGAAAUGCCAGUGAUAGAGCGUCAGUCAGAUGAACCUCUGGCUCCUGCAGAUGAAGCCACUACUGUUGCAGAUGACUUCCAUGAACGGCGAUCUCAAGCUAUUGCAGCCAAAGCCCGAGAAAUAGAGAAGGUGUACCGGCAAGACUGCGAGACGUUUGGGAUGGUGGUGAAGAUGCUCGUGGCCAAGGACCCUAGUCUGGAGAAGCACCUGCAGAACCCUUUGAAAGAAAACCUGAGUGAGAUUCGUGAGCGAUGUCUUGAGGAUCUGCGACACUUUAUCUCAGAACUAGAUGAGGUGGUUCGUCAGCCGGAACCUGCGGUCUGAGGUGCCAGCAUCGCUCCUUAGAGAAAACCUUCAUCACUGUUCUGAGUGCACUUGUUCAUGCUUCUGAGAUGUGUAAUAUUUUGGAACAUUAUUUUUUCAUCACAUACAUUCUUGAAUUUAGUUGUAUUUAGUGUACUAAAGUAUUUAGCUGUAUUUAGUCCAUCGUAGAGGAUUGAGUGACUCGUUAGUAUUGAAAAUAAAUACUAAUUGUAUUGAUACAGUAUUAAUUCAUGUUUUUCAGUUUUCAUCAAUCAGUUUUCAUCAAAACUGGAUUAUGUUUUCAACCUAAACUGCUUAAUCUAGUUGUGUUUUUGUAUCAGUACCAUGUGUAAAUAUUGCCCAUGGAUUAAUAUGAUUUGGCAUUUGGUCUUUUCAAAAUUUUAUUGGAAGUUUUUGUUCUUGGAAGUUUCCAGUAUAUUUUUAUCUCUGAAAUCAAUAAAGAUGGCAUAUUCUACCUUA